AUGGCUGCCACAGCCAAUGGUACAGCUCCUGCUGCCAAUGGCACAGAGAAUGGCCCCGGCGAUUUCAAGCUCAAGUUCUGCACCGUUUGUGCCAGCAACCAGAACCGUUCCAUGGAAGCCCACCUACGACUAUCCCAAGCAAACUACCCCGUAAUCUCCUUCGGUACAGGCUCACUUGUGCGCCUUCCCGGGCCGACCAUCACCCAGCCCAACGUAUACCAGUUCAACAAGACGUCAUAUGAUAGUAUGUACAAAGAACUUGAGUCCAAGGACUCAAGACUGUACAAGAACAAUGGCAUUUUGAACAUGCUCUCGAGAAAUCGAGGAGUGAAGUGGGGACCAGAGCGCUGGCAGGACUGGGCUAUUGGCGUUCCACGACUCAAACACACGACCGACCGUGGCAGUGAGGGUAGCGAAGGUGGCGUCGUCGACGUUGUCUUCACGUGCGAGGAGCGCUGCUGGGACGCCGUUGUGGAUGACCUUAUGAAUCGAGGUUCACCCCUUAACCGACCUGUUCAUGUUAUCAAUGUAGAAAUCAAGGAUAACCAUGAGGAGGCGCACAUCGGUGGCCAGGGCAUCUUAGACCUCGCUAACUCGCUCAACGCCGCUGCCAAGGAGGAGCGCGAAGCCGCGGGAGCGAACGCCUUUGACAUGGGCAGUGCCGCGAGUCGUGCCGCAUUCGAUGAGCGCGUACCGGAUAUUAUUGCCGCAUGGCAGGAGAGAUGGCCAAAUUUGCCAUGCACGUGGACACUGGCGUGGUUCUAG